AUGACAUAUCGGACACAUCGUAGAUUGCAGAAGAUGCAGCAUCUUGUAGCAUCUGACCAAUUUGAUCAGCCUCACUCAACAGAUGCAUAUACCGCUCAACAGCCCGCUGAUGCUUCUUCGUCAAUUCAUGAGCAGCCGCAUUUCGUGCAGUUUGUUGCACAACAGCAUCAGAGCAUCAAAGACAAGUCCAGCGUCUGGAUUGAGGAUCACAGAUGA